AUCUAGAUCACGUGAGCAUCUCUGUUCUGUUAUAAAAAGACUGUGGGACAAGAAGGUAUAAAAGAAAGAAUCGUGAUCAGAGACUGGUUCUGUUUGUUAGAAGAACACUUUCAAGGCAAAGAUGAGUCGUAACGAUAGAUCAAUGCCUUUUACACUCCCUUCCCCUCUACACGAACCACCUACACCAAUGACACAAUUUAUGGAGCAACAAAAUGUUCCAGGGACACCGAAUAUUCAAACCCCACAGCCCUCUAGUUCUCUUAUGCCUCCUCCUUCUGCUCCUCCUCCUUCACAUAUAUUUGCCACUCCCUCUCCGGCACCAGGUCAUCAGCCCCCUGCUGCUCCUCUCGCCUCCCCCUCUCCGCUAGCGGGACAGUCCUCCUCUGGUGCUAAUCCAUACACUAAUCCUGUCUCACCUCGCACACCAUUAUCAGCUUCUACUGCAGAAAGCAUGGGAAUCAUACCUCAACUCCAGAACAUUGUUUCAACUGUUACUCUCGGAUGUAAGCUGGACCUAAAGGACAUUGCACUCAGAGCAAGGAAUGCAGAAUAUAAUCCAAAACGUUUUGCUGCUGUUAUCAUGAGAAUACGGGACCCAAGGACAACUGCACUUGUCUUUAGUUCUGGGAAGAUGGUGUGCACUGGAGCAAAGAGUGAGGAUUUCUCAAGAUUGGCUGCUAGAAAAUAUGCUAGGAUAAUUCAGAAGCUGGGUUUCCCUGCUAAAUUCCUUGAGUUCAAAAUCCAAAACAUGGUUGGGAGCUGUGAUGUUAAGUUUCCUAUUCGUCUUGAAGGUCUCGUUGUUGCACACAGUCAGUUUUCAAGUUAUGAGCCAGAGCUUUUCCCUGGACUAAUAUACAGGAUGGUUCGACCUAGGAUUGUACUGUUAAUUUUUGUGUCUGGAAAAGUCGUUUUAACAGGAGCUAAGGAACGAUCUCAGAUCAUUGAAGCUUUUAACAACAUUUAUCCAAUUUUGAAAAACUUCAAGAAAACGACAUAACACUCCUGUGUAUUAAAAAUAAAUGGACAAUAACGAACAAUACAUGCAUAUCACUCCAAUCAUUGUAAUCUAUCAUUUCUACUAGAGCAACAAAAAAA